AUGGCAGAAAGUUUGGAUACGUUAAAUGAUGAGAUGGCAUCUUCGUUUUCACCUUUGAUUGCUGUCCUUGCCUUAUUUCUGAUCUUCGGAACUUUUGGAAACAUGGUUGUGUUGUUCGUUUAUGGAAACAACACAAAGAAGUUUUCUAGUGAUUAUUUCAUCAUAUGCCUAUCGAUGCAUGAUUUGUUGAUCACUAUAAUUGGAAUACCAACAGAAAUACUGGAUCUCAGAUAUCCGAUCAUUUUCUCCCUAGUCAGUGUGUGUAAGGUACUUAAAGGCCUACAAGGGGCGUCACUGAUGACGUCAUCUACGAUUUUACUGUCUAUAACACUUGAUAGGUAUAAGAGGAUAUGUAAGUUUGGGAGAACAAUGCGAAAAAGAACAACAAAAUUGUUAUGCAUUUUAUCUUAUGUCAUUUUAAUUGUGACGGCUAUCCCAGUUUUUAUUGUAUAUGGAAAAAAAACUGUUCGGCUAGAAAGCAUUAAUUCAACAGGAAGUGCUUGCUCUGUUGCAGAUGAAUUUCGCAAUUCUUCAGCGAUUCUUAUAUACUAUGGUUUUUUAAUAAUCUACUUCAUUUGUUGUAUAAUUAUAUUUGUAACAGUGUAUACCUUGAUAAGAUACCGCAUCAAAACCUCAUUCGCAUCUUUAAGUCAAACGAGGAAGAAAUGCAGUCAAAUGUUUACAGUGACGUAUGCUGUCCCUCAGGGGUCUACCUCUGAUAUUGAUUUGCCUCAAGAUUCUAAUUCUGGCAUAAUGAUAAACAGCACACCUUCUCAGAGUGAUACCCACGACAACAGAAAUCUGAAGAAAGAUAGCCGCUCCAGCACAGGAAACGUACAACAGGAGACAAACAUUGACGGCAAGAAAGACCACUAUACGGCAAAAAAAUUAGCACGCCGGCAAAACCACAGACUCUUUCGUGAUAAAAGUAACAAGACUACUUUGAUUUUUGCCUACAUUACUGUCGGAUUCGUUUUAAGCUUUCUACCCUUUCUGAUAUCAGUAAUAGUAAGAGCAGCAAAGAGUGACCUAGAGGAAAGCAUCAGUACCGAAAUGAAUGUUUUCUUUAAAUUUUGCUUAAAGUCGUACUUCCUCAGCAGUGUCAUUAAUCCCCUCAUUUACGGAUUUUCAAGUCCUAGAUUUAGACAUGAAUGCAGACGGGCUCUAAAGAAAUGUUUAUGA